GCCCUUGCCUGCAUUCAUCUGGUGCUGUUAGCGAAAACCUGGACGUUCCAUCCAACGUUCUUGGAUUCAAAAAUGGAGUCAUCGAAACGGAUAGACUUGGCUUUUACUAAGGCAUUACCCAAGAUCGAGCUCCAUGCCCAUCUCACUGGAAGUAUCUCCCGGGAAUGCUUGCGAGAAAUAUGGCUGCAAAAGAAGGCAAAAAACCCAGAUUUGGAUGUAAUAGAUCCUUACAUUGCAAUGCCUCCAGGAAAGGUGGAUUACACGCUCAAAACGUUCUUCCAAGUAUUCACAAGCAUGAUCUACCAGCUCUGUACCGAUUUAGAAAGCAUUAAAUAUUCAACAAGAUCCGUCCUAAAUGAUUUCGAGAAUGAUGGGGUUCGGUAUCUUGAACUACGCACGACUCCGCGAGAAAGCCUGGAGAAUGGAAUGACAAAAGAAAAGUACAUAGAAACGACGCUUGAUACCAUCUACGAAUGUCGCAGCGACCAGAUGUCAACCUACCUUAUCAUAUCCGUGGACAGAGCAAAAUCCGCCUCAGAUGCCUAUGAAGCGAUAGAUUUGGCCAUAAAAUACAAGAGUCGAGGCGUGGUAGGGGUGGAACUUGGCGGUAACCCAAUGCGAGGAGAUGUUUCUAUUUUCAGACAGGCCUUUUCGAAAGCGAAAGCCCAUGGUCUCAAACUGACUCUUCACUUUGCCGAGACGACAUUUUCCUCGUCUCCUUAUGAACUCAACACACUCCUCUCUUACGAGCCCGAUAGGCUGGGCCAUGUUAUCCAUGUUCCCGAAGAUAUCAGAGAUGAAAUUGCCUGUCGGAAGAUCGGAUUAGAGCUUUGUCUCUCAUGCAACGUUCAUGGCAAAUUGAUUGAGGGAGGUUUUCCGGACCAUCAUUUUGGCUACUGGAGACAUCGAGACUGCCCGAUUAUUCUUUCAACCGACGAUGUUGGCUUCUUCUGCAGCCCCUUGUCAAACGAAUAUCUUAUUGCAGCCGAGAGCUUUAAGCUCGACCAUGCCACGGUAAUCGACAUGUGCAAGAAAGGGAUAAAUACAAUAUUUGCAGGACCAGGGGAAAAGGAGAGGUUACAUAACUUGCUUACUGAGUUUAAAGCCAAUGAGAUGCAAGGAAGGAGACCUAAACUUGGCCCAAAUUAUCUUAAAAUGUCGCAUGAAAUGUCAUAUCUAGGCAACCGAGCCUUUAACCACGAUCACAGCCAAGAUGUAGAGGCCGAGUACGACCGUUUGCGCGAUGCUGCUCGACGUGAAGCUGCACAAAGGGGCUCCUGCUUUGAGAGGUCUCGUCAGGCAUACGAGAAUGGCGAUGGUCAACUCGCAAAAGAACUUUCUGAACAGGGCAAAGCACAUGGCAGGAGGAUGGAGGAAUAUAACAAGCAGGCCUCUGAGUUUAUAUUCAGGGAGAAUAAUGCGCCUGGCCGCGUUUCUUCUGAUACCAUUGAUCUGCAUGGUCAGUUUGUGGAGGAGGCAGAGGAUAUUUUGGAAGAGAGGAUAAAAUAUGCACAGCGGCAUGGCCAGACGCAUCUCCAUGUGAUUGUCGGGAAGGGUAACCACUCCGUUAACAACGUGCAAAAGCUCAAGCCUCGAGUGGAGCAGGUUUUUCGCAGUUUAGGCCUGCAGUAUACGACAGAGGAUAACGCCGGACGAAUCUACGUCAAUUUAAUGGGUGGCCCAGCGCAUUUGCCCGCAACCCAACCCCAUCACGCGCCUCCUCAUCAGCAACAACAGCAACAACAUGAUCAACGACCUGACGAGAUCCAGCAAGUGGCGAAUACAGUCGUUCCUCGCUUCAUGCGGAGACUAGAGAAGGCCUGUUGCAUAGUUAUGUGAAUCUAGUUGGCUGGCUUGAUACUGCUUUCUUUGGAAAUGUCAUAUUGUUUUUACCUCUAGAUAUCUUCUUUGGCACAUAGGGUGUGAUACGGGGAUUUAUAACGGUCGGUUGAUACCCUGAUAUGUUGAAUAUGUCUCAAAUAAAUAGACAACACUUAGAUAUAGAUCCUUUUCGCUCGUCCAUGCGCUGCCUAAUCUCCUAGAUUCGUUGUCUCUACUUUUACACUUUAGAGUAUUAAAGUUGUCAGCAACUUCAACCUUCCGAGGUAACUCAAACCGCCAUUCUCGAUAUGACUUGUAUUGAUGAAGAUAUAAUCUAAUCAACGUAUAUAUAUCAAUAUUAGCUCCCAGUGAAGCGGUGAUCUCAUAAACAUGAAAUAUAGUCAUUACAUUAAUAUUUUAUAUUCUCGG